GAUAACAUUGCGCAACGCGAUUUUUAGGUUACGCGAUGUCAUUAUGAUUACUUCACAAAUGCUUUCGUGAAUUUUAUCUGAAAAAAUGAAUGAAUUAAAAAAUGUAACUUUUUUUGGUCAUGUUUAAUACCACGACAAUUAUAUUCCUGUGCGAAUAUUUGGAAACUUGUCAACUGUUGAAACUUGACAGUCCGAAAUAAUGGCACUUCGUUUGUUUGAUAAUCAGGAUUAUUCGACUUUAGAUGCUAUACCAAACAUAUGCAUGGAGAAUUGUGAAAUAGGAAGCUAUGACUAUUUGGAAAAAUGCAUCAGUAAUUUUGAGAAUAAAGAAUCUGGGAUUAAUUUAUCUAUUAAUACAACUACGAAUACGGACAUUGGUUUACAGGAUAACUUGGAUGACGUUAAUUUGAAUAACAUUGAUUUUCAUUUCAUGAAAAUAGAAAAUUUACUCUUACAAAAUGCUGAAGAAUCUGAAAGUUGUUUGAAGAAUAAGAAGAUAAAGCAGGAGAAGUCAUCAGAUGUUAUCUCAAUUCCAAAUUUUGAUACGGUGAAUCUGGAUUGCAACACCUUUUCAUGUAAUUCAAACAAGGAAUCAGAUGAAAUAAUAACUACUAACAAGGAUGAAUCUUAUACAUUUAACAAAGAUCUGACAACUCAAUGCUUAGAAAGAAAGCCAAUAAUAGGGAAUUAUAAUUAUUCCAUCAAGCUUUGCAUAGAAAAUAAUCAAAAUGUACAGCUUAAUGUAAAUGAAGAUAGCAGUUGUACAAGUCAAAAUGUCACAUCAAAAUUGAAACAAGAAAUAAAAAUUGAUAAUCUUUCUCUGGAGCCAUCAAAUGGAAAUGAAGUUCAAAAGUGUGAACAGUGUCUAAUGACAUUCAGAUAUAAAAGGCAUUUAGAUCGUCACUUAGAAGGUCAUCAGAAAAAUAAUUGCUCUCAUUGCGAUGAAAAAUUUGCUAGACGGAAGCAUCUGGAGGUUCACUUAUUUCGUGUUCACAGAGAAAGAGUGGUCAGGCAUCCUCAUUUAUGCGAUGCGUGUCCCAAAAGUUUUCCUAAACGUUCCCUCUUGAAUCGCCAUAGAGCUAAACAUAGCUAUCAAAAUGGUAAAGUCUGUUCUGAAUGUGGAGAAAUGAUAAGUGCAGAUAUAGAUAAAAAAGAGCAUGAUGAAAAUUAUUGCAAAAAAAAGCAGUUUAAAUGUCAACAAUGUUUACAAACAUUCAGUAUUGAGCAGACAUAUUUGUCCCAUAUUCAGAAUCACAAUAAUUACAAAUGUUCAAAUUGUAAUGUCAGUUUUGCAUCGAAGAAGAAAGCGCAUGAGCAUUUCAAGGCAGUUCAUGUAUCAAAAUUAAAUAAAUCGGAAUCGAUAAAUAAUAGUGGUCCAUAUUUUUGUGCCGAUUGCAAACACACAUUUAUCAAGAAGGAUGACUAUUGCCGGCACUUGGAAUCUGCAUUGCAUCAAAAUAAAAUCAACAGGGACACACCUGUACGAGCUAUAUUUUCAUGUGCAAUCUGCUUGAAAAAGUUAAUCACGCAAAGAGCUCUGGAUCAACACGUCAGGCGUAUUCACAAGGGUGAAAAACGAUUCGUGUGUAAUAUAUAUGGAUGUACCUUUCAGUGUGCCAGAAAGACAGAUCUGGAUAGGCAUAAGCAGCUGCACGUAGAGGAGCGAAACGUCGUGUGCGAGCAUUGCGGCAAGACGUUUACUAGCGUCAGUAUUCUUAAGGAUCACGUACUUUAUAUUCACAGUAAAGAGCGGCAAUUCAUCUGCGAAGUGUGCGGUAAAGCGUUUAAGAGAAACAGUUUACUUAAGAGACAUAAAUUAUCACACGAGCAACAUCGGCCGUUUAUCUGCAUGCAGUGCAGCACUGCAUUUAAACGUUCUCAUCAUCUCACUCGUCAUAUGGAAACCUGUCACAGGAUUACACUGGAAAAAGGAAAAAAGGUGGUGAAGCUCAUGAAGACAAAAGAUGGUCAUCUUGUGCCGGUGCCGGAAAAACCAAACAAAUUAGACUGUAAUAAAAUGAAGAUCGAAAAAGAGUGCGAAGCAAUUGUGAAGACCAAGGAGACAGAUAGCUCAAUUACAAAUACAGAUAAACAAGUUAUAAAUGUUGAUUCGCAGCUGCAAAUACAGCCACCGUUAAACUCCAAGGGAAAUUCUGAAUGCUCAAGUCUGUCGCUAGAACAUACAAAUUUAUCUGUUAUCGAUUCUAUUCCGCAGAUUCUUUCAUUAGUAGAUGUAAAUACGGGACAAGUGCUUACUGUAGAAGUCGCCAACCCGGAAUUUUUACCUACUGAUGAGCUCGCUGAUCAAUUUGAAACAAAUUGCAGUGAAAUAUUGAAUUUACCAGAUUAUCAAGAUAUAGAAUUUCACAAUAAUCUCUUAAAUGCCAAUCAAACGUAUUGUACAAAUAUAUCAGAGGAUAAUACAAAUUAUUCGGAAGUAUCAUUAGAAAAUAUUGAAGGUUCAUUCUCGCUUAUAAACAGUAAUAAUAAGAUGGAAACUAUAGAAAGUUAUUUAACAAAUGAAUUUCCACCGUUUCUUAAUAUUUAAGGAUUUGUGGAAUAAACUGCAUGUGAAUAUAAUAUAUGUAUAUAUACACAUAUACUUUAAAUAUACAGUUGUGUUUGCUCAAAUUUUAAGUAUACAACAUAGCAUUUUAUUGAAUACUAAUACAAAAAUAUUUUUUU